AUGGGAACAUUUUGUUACGAUCAAUAUGAGCACCCGUUAUUGUGGUGUGAUGAAAAAAAGAAAUUUGUUGAGAAAAAGAAUGCCGACGAAAGUAUGAUGCAAUGGAGGCAGAAAAGAAUUGAAGAAAAAACAAAACAACAAAGGGAUAAACUUGAGUAUACAGAUCUAUCACAGAAACAUUGUCCAUGGGGUAAACCGGGUGGUGGUGCACCAAAUGUUGACGUACGACGACAUGAUAUUACUGUUGAAGGAUUACAUUCUACACCAGGAACGAAAAUUAUACCAGGUUUAAGAAGUUAUCCAUCAUCACGUAGGCCAAGUAUACCAAGAGGGCAUUAUUUAGGUGGUUGUGAUCCUCCACCACAUGGUUUAGGUAGUGGUCAAAAGAGAGGUUCUGGUAUUUCUGGAAUUGGGCCUACUAGUCCAUAUAAUACAACAAAUCUAGGAAAUAUAAGUAUAAGUAGGGAAUUAGGAGGUGGUGGUGCAGGUCGAACUGAUAGUUCACAAAUUCGUAGUGCUGCCGAAAGAUUAUUUAUUACAUUAAAAGAUCAACCGAAUUCAAAAGGUAAACCACACGUUGAUAUUGAAUUGAGAUAUAAAACAACACCGACCGGUAAUAAAAUGUUGGAUAAAAUUGUAGUUACUGAACAAGAAUGUCCUGGAACAAAAAAAAAAUCAAGAGAGAAUCCUUGGGGUAGACCAGGUCCAGGGGGUAAACCUUGGAGAAGUCAAAGUAAAGUCGGACAUGAUUUUUUACAUUCUAUGGGUUGGACAAGUGAACAAAUGUUACGAGAUAUGGAUGAUGUUAAAAAUGGUUUGAGAACAAGAUCAACUGGUGCAAAACCAAAAUUAAAAAAGAAACGUUCACGUGGUGAUGAAGUUCUUAAAAGCUGUUGUGAAUUAUGUGUUUGUAAAUGUCCUGUUAAAGUUGAAAGAAGUGGCAGUAAAAAUGGUGUAAGAACAUCAGCUGGUGUUAAUGUUACAACUAAAGCUGAUUUAAAACGUGAAAUACAAAAAGAUUUAGAAUUAGAAAAAGAGAAAAUUGAUUUUCAUACAACUGGUAGUGGUCUUUCGAAAGUUCAUCAAAAACCACCACCAAAAGUAUGUCCACGUUAUGAGGGUACAUUAACAACACCAAGUAGUAAUGUUGAACUUGUACCAUUAUUAGCACGUAGAAGAGGUGCAAAUCGUCCUAUAAGUUUAUCAAGUACAGAUGUUACAAAAAGAACUGUGGAAAAUAGCACACCAUUUGCUUUGGAUAUCACAAGAGAUUUGAAUAAUCAAGUAAUUGAAAAAAGGCAAAAUCGGACAUUACAUAGAUUGGCAGAACGUCAAGCAUGUAGCGAUCAUUUCCAAACAUUGGAUACAUAUUGGGGUCGACCUGGUUAUGGUGCUCCAAAAGGUGUCGUUAGAAAAUUAAAUUUAGAUGAAUUAUUGUGGUCUGGUGGAGAAUAAAUUCAUUUUUGUUCUCAUUGCAUUUUUUUUUUGUUUUUUUCAAUCAUUAUUCAUUUUGUUUUUCUUUUAUAUUUCCAUUAUUUAAUUAGU